AUGCCACUUCCGAGACCGUCCGGUAAUCUGGGGAGGACGAAGAAUCUCCUCCAUUUCGCACAGGGGUUUAUCAUCUUCCUCGCCUGGGCCCUAACAAUCGCUAUUUGGACUAAGGGCGAUGGCAUCGAUGGACGGACAGUCUGGUACUGGAUCCUGUGUUGGAUUAGUCUCCCCGCAUUGAUCUACCUAGCCGCAGUGCCCAUGUGGCCACGAGCCCGCCGCUUCGGCAAUGUUUACGCCUUCGCCACAGUCGAUAUCCUUUACUCAAUUUUCUGGUUUAGCGCAUGGGUGUGUCUCGCCUCAUAUGUCGCGCAGGGAAAGAGUAUUGGAAAGUCCUCCAGUGAUAGCAAGACCGAUAGCAGUUCCAGCUCCAGCAGCAAAAACCGCCGCGCCGACAGCACCAGCUCCUCAACCAAAAGCACGAGUACUACGACUAGCAGUGCAUCUGGCUGCGACAACUGGGCUUACGGUAGCGCUGCGAAGUGCAGCUUGAGCGAAGCGACGACCAUCAUUGGAGUUGUGAUAUUCCUACUUUUCGCUGCAACUGCCUGGAUGUCUUUCCGUAAUGUCAUGCACUUCCGCCGCACUGGUACCCUCCCAGACGCCGUCUCAGACCCCACUUUCGCCGCCCAGUCCAAGGCCGCCUUUUCCUCCAACCCCGCCCACGACUUUGAGGAUGACGAGGAUGACUUCCGAUCAAGCCGUGUUGGUGGUAUGGGCUCAUCAAGAAGCGACCGUGACGAAGAUUACGCCCUCCUGAACCAGAGCGAAAUAGACGACCUAAGCAACCCUAAUGGUCGUUCCGCAAUGCACGGAGCCUAUGACCCCACCGCGUCCUCUGUCGGAGGCAGCCAUCUUUCUGAUUAUAGCAGCGCACCCUAUGGUGGGGCCCACGGACAACAUUAUCCGCCAGCGGACGCAUAUACCCCAUCUGAGUACGGCUCAACUGUUGGCGGGUUCCAACACCCACGGUAG